AGCCCACCACCAGUGGCUACACGACCCCUAGCGAUGGCACCAAUGGCACCCUGCAACCGCGUGAAGGCCUCGGUCCCGAUUCUCGCCUUGCCCACCAGCAGCCCACCACCAGUGGCUACACGACCCCUAGCGAUGGCACCAAUGGCGCGUGGGCCGUACAUUAGAGCGCCAAUCGUAUCGCCAUGGCUGGACACACCCGGUGAGCCACCCAACGCAGCCUGCAACCGUGCAGAAGGCCUCGGUCCCGAUUCUCGCCUUGGCCACCAGCAGCCCACCACCAGUGGCAACACGACCCCUAGCGAUGGCGCCAAUGUCUCGUUGGCCGUAA